UACCACGAACAGAUAAUAAUAUUAUUACUUCUUCUCCUACUUCAUUACCAACACCACCAACACAAUUAAAAAACAAUAAUAAUAGUAUACCACAAAAAAAUAAUAUUAUUAUUACUUCUUCUCCUACUUCAUUACCAACUUCGUUACCAACACCACCAACACAAUUAAAAAACAAUAAUAAUAGUAUUACUUCUUCUCCUACCUCGUUACCAACACCACCAAUGCAAUUAAACAACAACAAUGAUGAUUGUAAUAACAUUACUUCUUCCACUUCAUUACUAUCUACUAGGUUAUCACAAUUAUGUGAUUUGGCAGAAAAAGAUAAUUCAUUUCACAUCAUUUUAAAUGUACCAGGUAUUAAAAGAAAAAGUGAAAUUGAAAUUUAUGUCAACAAAAAAAAACCUAGAUUAGUAAUAUUAAAAGGAACAUGUAAUAAUUUGUUUGAUGUUAACGAUGGAAGAUAUUUAUAUAAAAAUUUGCCUGUUGGCAAAUUUGAGUUAAAAGUUUUACUACCAUCCGAAGUUGAUUGUGAUGAAUAUGUACAUGUGGAAAUAAAUGGUGGAAUUGCUAAUAUUAAAUUAAAAAAAUCAAUCAUAGAAAAAAAUGAGAUGACACAAUUAAAAAUCAAAUAA